AUGGGCAACAACCCUUCUAAAGGUCCGGCUGGCGACGCGCCAUCGGGCCAUGUUCCCAAUGCCUCUGGUGAUCGCAAAGUAGUUCGCCGAACCUCCCUCCAUGCAAUUCCCACACACAAGGCGACUGUAGCGGACCCUUCCGCGUCCAGAGAGACAGCUGCUGGCCACUCGGCAGCUUAUCAAGGCUCUGUCCAACAGCGGCUCCAGUCACGAAAUACUGCGGAUUCAUCUGCCAGGGCUCCAGGGAGGCCGGAAAGACGCGUCGGACCGAUAACUGAAUAUGAUCACGAUGCGCCCACCCCAGACUUGUCCAACCCGAUGCAGGUCCCGGUUUCGCGUCACGCUGCUGGUCGUGAUUCAAUGGCACCUUCGGGCCCGCCUCCCAAUUCUUACUACAACGCCUCAACGCAUUUGCACCACCCUCCACGGCUACCACUGCCUAUCGGAGAUGCCACGGCUACACCCGGCUCACCGAUCAUGGGCCCAGAAGAUUCCCAUAUCCAAUCUAUGCCGGCGGACCGACUCCUGGAUGAACACAUGAACCCGGAAGCCUCCAAUAUCAGCACAGAGACGAUGGAUAGCGAGGAGCUAGAUGAGCUUCAACCAUUCACUACCAGUGGCGUUGGAAAGGCUGUACCAGCGGUCAUUGAAUGGACUGCGCCGGGACAAAAGGUAUAUGUUACUGGAACUUUUGUGAAUUGGGAGAAGAAAUUCCGGCUGCAACGAGGUAGUGACCAUGAUGGCGCGGUCAUGUCGACAACACUGAACCUCCGACCCGGAACGCACCACCUGAAAUUUAUUGUUGACGGCGAAAUGCGGGCAUCUGAUACUCUUCCGACUGCGGUUGAUUUUACUAAUCACCUGGUGAACUAUAUGGAAAUAAGCGCCGAUGAUGCUCGCAAGGGCCAAGACAAAUCAUCGACUUCUGCGGGAGCCCACCCCCCACAGGCUUUCCCGGAUAGUUCUAAAGAUGGAAAAUCAGAAGAGACCGCCGAUGACCCCCGGAGAAGGAAGAGGUUGAAGAAGAGUGUAAUUCCGCAAUUCCUUGCUGAUCUGGAUAAAGAGGAAGACAGUCCGGCAUAUUUGCAAGCUGCAAAUGUCAUCGGUGAUACACCGACUCCGCCUAGUUUACCCUUGUUUCUGGGUAAAUCCAUUCUCAACAGCACCACCCCAACCAAAGAUGAUAGCAGUGUUCUCAACUAUCCCAACCACACCGUUCUAAACCAUCUUGCUACAAGCAGUAUCAAGAAUGGCGUUCUUGCGACGAGCGUAACGACCAGAUACAAACGAAAGUAUGUCACCACGAUUUUGUAUAAACCAACUGGCGAUAUUACUGAAUGA